AACUGGAGCGUGAUUCGUGUCACAAAAAACCCCGUCGCUUUCAUCUCGUUUUCAGAUUUUUACGAACGAGGUGUCAAAUUGCGAUUCACAUGGCACUAAAACCCAAGCUACAUAGUAAGAUCGUUUUGAGUUCGCAAAAUGAAUGAACGGAAUGGAGAAUGACGCGAUUCAUGUCAUUUUUGUUGAACUUUUUGAUAUCGCUUAUCUGUCAUAUUUUGACGUUUAUGCGAUUUUAAACUUUCGAAGAAAAGGGUGAAAUUGUUAGAUCGUUUUCAGAAAAAAUACUGCAAAAAACUGUGAAAUUGACCUUGUUAUCUCUCCAAGAUCUUCAAGCCAUUUUUCAGCCGGACAGCCGUCCCUACGAGAUGUGGCGGAUUCAAAGAAUCCUGCGUCUUCUGGAUGCAGCUCACCGGGUGGAUGUCGAUAAUCGCCGCCGUCAGCUGCGCCAUAUGAGAGAGAGGAAUGACCCCUUCGAUGUGCCCGAUGCGGAGUUUGUCGCCACAUACAGGCUUCCGAAGGAGACUGUCCUCUCUCUUAUAGAGGAGUUAACUCCCUUUUUAAACCGCCCCGACCCAAGAGAUAUAUCAGUGGCAAGAAAGGUCUUAAUUGCGCUUGGCUUUUUUGCUGCUGGGUCAUACCAGAGAGGAGUCGGGCAAGGUGCUACACACGGUGUGUGCCAGUCCACUGUGUCGAGGGCUAUAGCUGAAGUGACGGAUGCACUUAACCAUCCUCAAAUAUUAACCAAAUAUAUUGUGUUUCCUAGAACACCAGAAGCUAGGAACACUGUAAAACGAAGAUUUUUUGAGGUAUAUAAUUUCCCCGGGAUUGUGGGCUGCAUAGAUGGCACUCAUGUCUGCAUCCUGAGGCCCGCGCAGAAUGAGGAAGAAUAUUUCAACCGAAAACAUACACAUUCCCUCAAUGUGCAAAUUAUAUGUGACGCAGAUCUUAUUAUUUUAAGUGUCGAUGCCAGCCACGGCGGGGCUACUCACGACUCCGCUGUUUGGAAUGGUCACCCUCUGAAAGAAUACCUGCAGGGUCUAUACGACCAAGGGGAAGCUGUGUGGCUCUUAGGUGACUCAGGAUAUGCUCAGCGGGUGAUAAUGAUGACCCCUAUUGUGGAUGCCACCCCAGGAACUCGCGAGGCCUUAUACACCGACAUGCACGUCAAGACACGUAACUGUGUUGAGCGGUGCAUCGGUGUAUUGAAGGCACGUUGGCGGUGCUUGCUUGCAGCUCGAAUGUUGCACUACAAGCCGGAGAAGGCGGCCCGCAUAGUCAACGCAUGUGUGGUGUUGCACAAUGUGGCGCGCAAAACAGGUGCUCCUCUGUUGGAAUUGACGCCUGAAGAAGAGGAAGAAGAGAGGCGUGAGGCCAUUGAAGGCCAGGCUCAUGCGCAGGGCCGGGAUCCUCCCGCGCAGCAGCCGCAGCAGCGCCGCGUGGACCGCGCGCUCCACGCCGGGCGCGAAGCCAGAGCUUCACUGGUCGCGCAACUGCGUCGCCGCUAAAAUCUGUGGAUCAAUUUAUAGUAAAAACAUAUACAAAAAUUGUUUUUAUUCCGAUAUAAAUUAUGUUUGUAUGUAUUAUACCUUACCUUUAC